AUGAAGCCAACCCGAAAGAGAUCCUCCGUCUUCGCGGAUGCCCACUUCUCGUAUACAGUAAGUUCUUUUCGAAUUAUUUUUUUCUUUGAUUUCUGGUCGUUGGUCAAUAGUUAUUGGACAAUUUCCCCAUUCAUAUUUUGUAAUAAGGGUGCAGUAACCCCGACUUUACCGUGGAUACGGUAGAAACGAGUGCACCGUCCUGGAAUGCGUGGUGCAAGAGUUAUGGCUUGCCGAUGCUAUUCUGGCAAGUGCAUUAGGCACAUGCGUACCGAAUAUGAAAACAAAAUUUUAAUAAUUUUCAGGUUAUGCUAUUGGGAGAUAGUUGUACUGGGAAGACUUGUCUUUUAAUCAGGUUCAAGGAUGGAACUUUUAUGAACAACAAUUUUAUUUCUACGGUCGGCAUUGAUUAUAGGGUAAGGAUAAAUAAGAUUUACAUAAUCCUGCAUUUUUAGAAUAAACUAGUCGAAGUGGACAAGUUCAAAGUGAAGUUACAGGUACGGUGAUUACAAGGUAAAAAGAAAAUCGAGGGUUAAGAUCUGGGACACGGCUGGCCAAGAAAGGUUUCGAUCCAUCACAAGUUCCUAUUACAGAGAUGCGGACGCCCUACUAUUAGUAUACGACAUCACAAACAGGAGUAGUUUCGAUAAUAUUAGAGUAGGUAAUCUUUAAAUGUUGUUGAAUAUCUUUUAGAAUUGGCUAACACAAGUCCAAGAAUAUGCCAAGGAAACAGUCCAGAUGACAUUAGUGGGGAACAAGGUCGACCUAACCUCUCAACGAAAGGUCAAAUAUGAGGAAGCCAAACAACUUGCCAAUGUGAGGACUCUAUGAAACAUAUUUAAUUUAGUCUUGGGAUUUAGUACAACCAACUGCGAACUUUUGGCAGGGCCAAAACAUGGAGAAUUUAAUCAUAAGUAAUAGUUUGGGGGUUGCGUAACGCAACAAAGCUCAGUCUCAACCCUGCGUUAAGCCUAGUUUAGGCGUAGACCCUUAGGAAAUCGAACGGUCUGAUUUUCACUAUUUUUACUGCACUUGGAGGGUUUAUCGAUUCAGUCGUAAUCGCGAUCAGGCACGCGAUUAUGGAUUCAAAUACCUUGACAUUACAAUUUUAUAAAGAAUGUAUUCAAAUAUUUCUCCGAGAGAUUACAGAUGACCUCUGAAUACCGUUUGGCACUGCUGAGUUAUUGCCACUUUUAUUGUAAAUGUAUCCAACAAUAACAGCUUUUAGGCUUACAAUAUCCCGUACAUCGAAACGAGUGCCAAAACAGGACAAAAUGUAAAAGAAACAUUCGAUUCUCUUGCCAGGUAGGUGUCACCAAACAAGAAUAUCUCUAAUUUGUUUGUUCUCCUUGAAUUUGAAGUUUUUCAGGAUUUCCAUGAGCGUUGCAAAUGACGCGUCAAGCUUUGUUUGUUAUUCCUUUAUUCUAAUUUUUACCCCACAUUUUUUCAGAAGAUUGAUUGUGGCUUCGCAUGGUCCUGAAGCAGACGCCGCCAUUGUAAAUCUUGCCAAAAAACAACCGGGUGCCUGGUACGAUGGGAAUGCCUGUUGUAGCCAAAGCUGA